AUGCCGGACAAGGAGAAUGUGGCGCCGACGUCUACCAAGCCGCGCGCCCGCUUAUAUGGCGGCACACCGCAGACAGCCGAUCGCCUCAUCAAACCAUUCAAAUGCCCUGGAAGCAAUACGCCUACUCGAGCAUCGGAGAAGUCUGCGCGAAAGCGACGGAAUGUCGACUAUACCGGCACGGAUGCCAGCGAAGAUGCAGACAAGCCAUACACUAAUGAUGACCGCCUCGCUCUGGCCACUCGAGAUGUCAAUCGCUUUCCUGUGUUCAAGCCCAAACAUAAAGACUCCGCCUUCCGAUCACGAUUUCUGGUGCCAUUGAAGAAUAAGGAUACCACGCAAUACAACGCCAAUCGACCUCCACCGCUGCUGGGUCUGCGUCAAGGCCAGGUCUUCGUCGCGAAACCUCUGCACGAUCCCGCAGGCGAGUUUGCCAUUGUCCUUUUCGAUCCGACCGUAGAUGGAAAGCCACAGCCGAAAGUGCUCGAGAAUGGGGAGAUCGUGCCUUCACAGGAAGAGCCGAAGGAGCACGCGCCGAGGAUGGAAGAGCCUCUCAUGCACAAGAGCUUAGCGGACAUUCUCGGCAUCAAAAAGAAAGUGGAUACUGAGAGGCCCAAGGUGCCUGUAGUCAUUGACCCGCGACUGGCGCAAAAGCUACGACCUCACCAAGUGGAAGGCGUGAAGUUCUUGUACAAAUGCACUACUGGCCUCAUCGACAGCAACGCCGAAGGAUGUAUAAUGGCAGACGAGAUGGGUCUCGGCAAGACGCUACAAUGCAUCACCUUGAUGUGGACUUUGCUCAAGCAGUCACCCGACGCUGGAAAGAGCACAAUACAAAAGUGCAUCGUAGCAUGUCCUUCCAGUCUGGUGCGCAAUUGGGCCAAUGAGCUGGUCAAAUGGCUCGGGCCUGAUGCCAUAACUCCAUUUGCAUGCGAUGGCAAAGCAUCGAAAGAAGAGCUGACGCAGCAGAUGCGUUCUUGGGCAUCAGCGACGGGUCGUGCUGUCGUCAGACCUGUGCUCAUCGUUUCUUACGAGACCUUGAGACUUUAUGUGGACGAGUUGCGAAAUGCACCGAUCGGCCUAAUGCUGUGCGACGAAGGCCACCGUCUCAAGAAUGCUGAGAGUCAGACUUUCGAGGCGCUGACAGGCCUCAAUGUGAAGAAACGUGUGAUUCUGUCAGGAACGCCUAUCCAGAACGACUUGUCAGAAUACUUUGCUCUCCUCGACUUCGCAAACCCAGGCUAUCUAGGCACGCGACAGGAAUUCAGAAAGCAGUAUGAGAUCCCUAUCCUCCGCGGACGCGACGCCGACGGCACAGAUGCCGACAGACAGAAGGGCGAUGAGCGGCUAAAAGAACUUUUAAUCCUCGUCAACAAGUUCAUCAUUCGACGCACCAACGACAUCCUCUCCAAAUAUCUGCCUGUGAAAUACGAGCAUGUCGUCUUCUGCAAUCUAGCGCCCUUCCAGCUGGAUUUGUACAACUACUUCAUCAAGUCACCAGAGAUUCAAAGCUUGCUUCGUGGCAAGGGCAGCCAGCCUUUAAAAGCCAUUGGCCUCCUCAAGAAGCUUUGCAACCAUCCAGAUCUGCUCAAUCUGCCGGACGACCUACCAGGCUGCGAAGAGCACUUCCCGGCAGACUUUGUGCCCAAAGACGCGCGUGGGCGUGACCGAGAUGUCAAGCCAUGGUACUCGGGCAAGAUGCAAGUGCUAGAUCGUAUGUUGGCGCGCAUCCGACAAGACACGAAUGACAAGAUCGUGCUCAUCUCGAACUAUACUCAGACGCUGGACGUGUUUGAGAAGCUGUGCCGCAAUCGGAGCUAUGGCUGCCUACGUCUUGACGGAACCAUGAAUGUCAAUAAGCGACAGAAGCUGGUCGACAAGUUCAAUGACCCUGAGGGUGACGAGUUCGUCUUUCUGCUGUCCUCUAAGGCUGGUGGCUGUGGUCUCAACCUGAUUGGCGCCAACCGGUUGGUACUGUUCGAUCCUGAUUGGAACCCUGCUGCGGACCAGCAAGCAUUGGCUCGAGUGUGGCGUGAUGGGCAGAAGAAAGAUUGCUUUGUGUAUCGAUUCAUUGCAACCGGUACGAUUGAAGAAAAGAUAUUCCAACGUCAAUCGCAUAAGCAGUCGCUGUCAUCUUGCGUUGUUGACUCUGCAGAAGAUGUCGAGCGUCAUUUCAGCUUGGACUCCUUACGAGAACUGUUUCAAUACAGACCUGGCACGACCAGCGACACGCAUGACACUUUCAAGUGCAAGCGAUGCAAAGAUGGACGGCAGUAUAUUAAGGCUCCGGCCAUGAUGUAUGGCGACACCAGUUCUUGGAACCAUUUUAUCAAUGAAGGCGACAAAGGUGCGAUGUGUCGCAUACAAGAUUUGUUGCUGAGGCAAGAGACCAAUGAGAAGGACGUCAGUGCAGUGUUUCAAUACAUCAGUCACUGAGGGAAUAAAUUGUGAGAUGGUGAUCACGACGAAAUGCGCAAUGAAUGUACAAAUAUAUAUUUCUUCGAAGAGACCUUGUCUCGUCGCCAGCCUGAGGCAUGAACUUUCC